CGACACACUGGUGAGGAUCCCCGCUGGACACGGCGCUUGACAUCUUAGAUCGAGGACAGCAUGUACUGGGUAGUACAAGCUCGAACUCGGGACCGCGUGUCGUGCUGCCUGCCCCCGCACAUCCCCCUCAUCCUUUUGCUUUUUCUCGGGGCUGAGUCGAGCGCCAUGUUCUCGCCGAGGCCGCUCGUCCCGUUGAAGUUGAAGUUUGUGUGCUCUCUGGAUGGGUAUGUGAGUAAAUCAAGCUGUGAACCGCCGCUCAAACUUUGUGCUGGGCGCUGCCCGAGGUGAAAUGGCGGGAGAUCUGAGGCGAGAUUGCGGGGGUCCUGUGCCUGGAUCGUGGACUGUGUAGAGCAUGUAGGACAUGGUUACUUCCCUACCUUGCACAUGUGUAUGUAGAGUAGAGUACGUGGCCCCGACUCGCAUGGGAGAGCUGCAUGAGAUAUCACUCUUUGUGGCCAGUUUUGAC